AUGUGUGUUCUUAUUGUCUUUAUUAUAUUGAUUGUGUCAAUUGUCAUUGUAACAAAAACAACAAUUAACAAACUUCACACACACAAAAUCGAAAAGACAACGACACUCUUUGCAAUGAGUAAAUCCAACAUCAACUUUGUCCCUCUUCAAGGCGGUGUCUGUGUUUCGUCAAAUGUAAUUGACUUGAAUUCAGACAUCGAGCAAAUUGAAGUUAACAAAGAUACCCGGCAGGUGUUGUGUGUAGGUAACACAAACAAAACCGCCACCAAAAUACAGUUCACAAUUUCAUCGAACAUCACAAAGUUUACAAUUUGUAUUGAUCCAGAGGUUGUCACACUUAAAAGCGGCUAUGCAUGCGAGUUUUCUGUAUAUGUCAAGCCAUUGUGUUCUUGCAAAAUCAACAGUACAAUUCAAUUGAUUUCCAAAAACCUCAAAACAAACAAAGAAAUGUAUAACGAAAUCUCACUUGUUGGUGCGACACAACAGACUACUCGAAUUGAUUACGACGAAUUGAUAGAAGAAAAAAAACUUGGUGAAGGCUCAUUUGGUGUUGUGUUCAAAGGAAUUUUUAGAGAAAAUGUUGUUGCAAUCAAAAAAAUGAAAAAUGUUUUGGAUGAUGAUAAGUCGAUGGAUGAAUUUGAAAAAGAAGUUGCAAUGCUUGACAAAUUUAGGUGUGAAUAUAUCAUCCAUUUCUAUGGAGCGGUGUUUAUACCAAGUAAGAUCUGUAUGGUCACCGAAUUUGCACAAUUUGGGUCUUUACAAGACUUGAUGAAACACAAAACAAGUGAAGAUAUUGAUAUCAAAAUGCGAAUAAAAUUUAUGAUUGACGCAGCUAAAGGGAUAUCGUAUCUACAUAAAAACGGGAUAUUACACAGAGAUAUCAAACCAGACAAUAUUCUUGUGUUUUCACUUGAUUUUAAUUACAAAGUGAAUGCAAAAUUGACUGAUUUUGGAUCAAGUCGAAAUAUUAACACAAUGAUGACGAAUAUGACAUUCACUAAAGGUAUCGGAACACCAAAAUAUAUGGCACCUGAAAUUUUGAACAAAGAAAAAUACAAAAAAGCAGCUGAUGUGUAUUCAUUAGGUGUUUCUCUGUUUGAAUGUGCCAUAUGGGAAGAACCAUUUCCCAAAAUCCGAUUUAAGUUUGCAUGGGAUAUCGUUGACUUUGUAGUAAGUGGAAAACGCCUGAAAAAACCGCUUUAUUUAAACAAUAAUAUAUACAAAAUUGUGAGCAAUAUGUGGUGUCAAGACGUUACCAAAAGAAUUGAAAUUGAAGAUGUUAUCACAAAAUUGGAAAGCAUCUAUAAAUAA